AUGACGCCAAUUCAAGUGUACUGCCGACUGAAGCCGUCAGUAGACUUAAUAAAAUAUCAAAUCAUACCAACUAAAAAUCAACUAAUAUACUACAACAAAAGCAAAUUGGAAAAAUUCCAAUUUCAAAAAGUAUUCGAUGACAAUACAACUCAGAGUUCAAUUUUCGAACAUGUGGCCGUUCCGAUACUAGACAAGUAUUUAUCUGGUACGAAUGGCACCAUCUUUGCAUAUGGACAGACUGGUAGUGGUAAAUCCCACACUAUUUAUGGAUCCCGAGAAGACGAAGGUAUAAUUCCAAGAUCUUUGAAAUACUUAUUUGACAAUAAGUUAUCAAUUCAAUCCACAGACGAACGUAACAUAUUCUCAAUGGCAUACUUUGAAAUUUACAACGAAACGGUAUAUAAUUUAUUGAAAUCGCCAAAAAAUAGGAAGAAAUCAAAUGUUAACUUUAACAAUCUGGGACCUGAUAAUGCUGUACGUUUCACGGUCGAUAAAAACGGAGACGUUACAUUCAAAAACCUGAAUAUUAUAAGGAUCAAAAACGUGUCUCAGGCGUUUAAGCAGUUGAUAUCAGGCAAUACUAGACGGCAAGUUUCAUCGACCUUCCUUAACCAUAAAUCAAGCCGAUCACACUGCAUAUGUAGAAUUGAGUACGUCAACUGGAGGAAAGGAGAGAAAUCGAACAAGACAGUUCUAAAUUUGGUGGACUUGGCAGGCUCUGAAUGCAUUUCGAAACUAAACAACGACAAAAAGACUAUCGUCGAAUCCAAAUACAUAAAUUUAUCCCUGAUGCAUCUGCAUCAGGUCGACUUAAACGGUGAUGACGAGGGACAUUCUGUGAAUUGUGAGCCCCAGACCGUAGUCGUACACAAUGACGACUCGGCGGAAGGCAUUAUUGCUGAUAAAGAAUCUGGUGAAAAUAGCUGUAUGGAGCUCGUUCUCGUGAACAAAAAUUGUGGUGACCAGAUGACCAAGCUCAACGAUCAUGAGUGCCCAUCAGAAUUGAAAAUUCUUUUCAUCAGGGCGCCGAUGGUUCAUGUGAUAGGACCACGUCUUAUGGAGGCCGGCGAUGGACUUAGUGAUAAUUGGAAGAAAGCGGUUGACUUAAUCGGCCAUAACGUUGGUCAUUCUGGUCAUGUUCACAAUUAUGUAACGAGUUCGGAGACCCAGACCGUGAUCGUAAACUGCAGCAACGUCCUGACAGUCAGCAAGAAAUGUGAUGAAAACAGCGGUAUGGAGAUCGCUCUCAUAGACGACAAAAAUUGCGCUAAAGAGACGACCAAUGUUGACUUAAUCGGCCAUAACGUUGGUCAUUCUGGCAAUGUUGACAAUUAUGUAACGAGUUCGGAGACCCUGCAGGCCGUGGACGUUAACAGAAACCUCAGCAUUAUGACGGAUAUACAAUAUGGCUUAACUAGCAGUAAUUACCAAGUUACCAAAGUGGAAACUACUAUGGAUGAUAAUAUGAUCACAUUAAUGGGUGAUAGUAGACGUUGA